AUGGGAACAAGGCCCGACAUCGCACACUCUCUGUCUGUGCUAGGACAGUUUGCAGCAAACCCCGGCAGGGCGCACUGGGCAGCGCUGAAGAGGGUUUGUCGCUACUUGAAAGGAUCUCCCCUUAUGCUCCAAUAUGGAAAUGUCUCAGUUCACCCAGACAUCAGCAACCGUUUCGGACAUAAGGAGGACAUUGGCCGCCCACUAGUUGUUGGGUACACCGAUGCAGACUUUGCUAAUGAACCAGACUGCAAGUCGUUUUCAGCUUACGCCUUCCUGAUGGCAGGGGCCGCUGUAUCCUGGGCAUGUCGCAAACAGACUACAACAGUUCUAUCGACAACAGAGGCUGAAUGUGUCGCCGCUGCACUAGCAUGCCGUGAAGCGCUUUGGAUACGACACCUUCUUUCUCAAUUCCAGACACCGCCGUCCCUCCCUCUACUGGCCGACAAUCAAGGCACCAUCAAGUUGGCUCACAACGCCGAAUUCCAUGCUCGCACCAAACAUAUCAACAUCAAGCACCACUUCAUCCGGGAGUGUAUCAAGGAGAAGUUGAUCAUCCUCGCGUACGUGCGCACCGAGGACAUGGCGGCCGACUGCCUUAGCAAGUCUCUCAAGCCCAGCACCGCCCAGUUGCGCGCCGUCGCCCAACUAGGCCUUACUAAGCAAGUUUAG